UGGAAGCCAGGACUCCUGGGUUCUCUCUCCAGCUAGGCGUGACCGUCCCAGCCGCGCCCAUCAGCCUGUGGCCGGCAGGGAAGGGUUAACCCCGGGCAGGGAGCGAUACCUGCUGGGUCCCGCCCUGCCCUGUUCUCAGCGCACCUGACCGCGGCCUCCCAGCCCGGGGCCUUGCUGGGUCUGUGCCCCCCCACGCCGGACCCCUCACCCCCUCGGGAGCUGCCCCCCCCCACCGCCAUGGCCUCGGGGGGGCUGGGCCGGUGCCGCCUGGCGCUGGGCCUGGCGCUGCUGCUGGACGGGGCGGGCAUGGGGGCGCUGCUGACGGGCAUCUUCGCCCGGCUGCGGGUGCGGGGCCAGGACUUCGGGGACCUGCUGAUCUACUCGGGGGCGGUGCUGGUCUUCCUGAGCCUGCUGGGCUGGGUGCUCUGGUACACGGGCAACCUGGAGCUGGCGCCCGAGGAGCUGGGGCGCGACUACGCCGCCAAGGGGGGCACCCUGGCCCGCCUCGCCCGCAAGCUCUCCCGCCGCUGGUCCCGGCGCCAGCCCGGCCCGCUGGCCCUGGGCCCCGUGCGCGGGAGCCAGGGGCCCCCGACCCGGGAGACGAUCUAGAGAUGCCUCUUGGGACGGAGCCCUGUGGGGGGGCAAGUCAGAUGGGGGAUCCGUCUGGGACCAGCACCCCCCACCCCCUCACCGAUCCGAGAGCACUCACAGGGCUGCGAGACAGACAGACCGAACUGGCCCCAGGACAGAGACACCCAGCCCCUGCGCUCGGGGGCCGCGUAUCUGGGGACCCCUCGCCCGGCGCUGGGAUGGCAGAGCUUGGCGGGGUGCUGGCUCUCCUGACCUGGCAGAGGUGCAUCUGUCUGUCCAUCUGUCCAUCGCAGGGAAGUUUCAUUUGUAUUUAAAACACUUUGUGUCUCAGG